AACAAAAACAUUGUUCUUGUGUGCUGAUGACGCUUCCUUAACUUCAAAAGCAGCAUUCCUAGGAAAAUAUAACGUCAAUAAAAUGUGUUCUCGAAUUUUUGGUCUCAAAGAAAAUGAAGAUCUCGACGAUAUAUUCACUUUAGACGAUUGGGAUCCACAGCCCAAAAAUAUUCGUGACAGCCGAAAAGUGGCUACAAAACAAAUUGAAACACUUGAAAGUGCCCUGCAGACACCUAUGAACCUGGAAUAUCUUCAAGGUAGAAAUUCUGACAGUGCAAUUGGAACCGAAAAUUCACCGAGAAUAGUUGAGUCAACGUCUGACCAAUUAUCAGUACAUUUGUCUAAUCGUUCAUUUUCCGAGCAAUUUUUUGAAGCCCAUGAAUUCUCAGACAGUGCAGUCGGAACAGAAUCGCAAUCGACAGUAGCCGAUACAUUGCCAAAUCAGUUGUCGUCGUCGGAUUUUCUGAAUAGCACGUCCACUGCAAAUUUUGAAAGCCAAGCCAGUAAUCUAUGGCCGUCGCUGACUCAGGAAACUGCGAGCCAGGUCUUUCUGCCAACACAAAGCGAAAUGUUUUCACAAGACUUUGCAUCUUCAAUGGACGAAACUUUAGAUAGUUGUAUGAUUCCAACUACAAGUAAUAACCUUGCGUCACAGCAUAGUUUCUACAAUUUUCAAACCAUCAAUUCCGAUUUACAACGUUCUACACAGCACCAAUCUACGAACAACACAUCGUUGGGAAACCUAUCCUUUUAUUCGUUGAUGCAGAGAAGCCUAAUGAAGGACACUCUGCAACCAUCCUGCAGUUCCAUUCAACUAGCAUUGAUGACUCCGACCGCAACGCAAACUGAUUUUACUCAAGACGGAGCAUUUUCUCAAUUCUUCACCAACCGAAAUAUAUCUGGAAAUGAGCCAACGCAAGGGUGUAGUAAUUUGGCUCAGGACAUUACUGAUGCAUCAACCCAGCUAUCUGGUACAAAUAGCGAUUUGUUCCGACAAUUUGACGAAAAUCUACGUGAUUCGCAGUCAAUUAGAUUGGGUUCUCAUCGACAACUUAAUGAACAACAAGUCGAUUUAGAGUCUCAGCAAUAUUCGUUGAACGCCUCUCUUUUGCCUAAAUCGAUUCUUGACUUAUAUGAACAGAUCAAAAGUUCGGGCUUAUCGGAUUGGUCAUUUGUUUAUGCUUUAUCAGCUCAAACGUGCCAGGAAUUUAUGCCAAUGAGUUAUAAUGUUACACUGAAAACCAGCUUAUUGCUCAGCAUUGCAUCGAUUGAUACAUCGAGUGAUGUGUCUCCAAUUCCAAUCAUUGCUUUCGGACGUGAUUCCACAUCAGCGAACUCUAUAAUGAAUUGUAUGGGAAACUUUGCACAACGCUUCCUGGCCCCGACAGAUCAUACAUUUAAUGUCAUGGUUAAUCCAAACAAAAUCGUUGAAGUCGGCCCAGUGUUUCUGGCUAAGAAUGGUGUGUGUUAUUUGGGCGAUUGGUCUGGCCUAUCAAAAAGGCUUUCCGAUGAAAUUAAAAUUUUGAUUGACUCUGGUCGAUACUUUUUGAAUGAAACAUCGGAGAGUUUUCAACUCGGUUCUGCAUUGUGGACCUACUGGAGUUUAACGAAAAAUAGAAAAGAUUUUUCACAAGUUGCCGUGUUCAUGAAAUAUUUCGGAAUUCCAAUCAUGACCGAAUCGAAUGAAUCAGAUGACAUCUUAGAGUUCCUUUUGAUCGAAGCUAGAGACGGAAAAGUAGAUAUACCUGAUGACGUUCUCAACAUCAGCACCGAAGAUAUGAAAAAUUAUCUGAACGUCGUACGUAAAGUAAAACUGCGCAAGGAACAUAAAGCACAGCAACUUCUCAAAGCAUAUUCAGACACCAUUCAAAGAGACCGAGGAGGACUUCUUUCAGCACGAAGUUUUCAAAUAAUUCAACAAAUGGCAGAAUCCUUUGCAAAAUUAAGUUUACGCGACAACGUCUUAGUCUGCGAUGUUGUCGGUGCUAUUUCAAUAGCUGAGAAAACAUUUUUUGGUAUAACAGGGAUGGCUCGAUGUCCACUUCUUGCUCCAACGCAGGAUAUUGAGCAGGUGGAUCAGUACAUUCAAGCGUUUCACAAAUGGAUUUUCAAUUAUGUUGGAAUGUUAUGACGAAGUGAAUUUAAUAUAAAAUUUUGUACAAAUUCUUUUGUAAUCAACUUUCUAUUAAAAAUUGUGAAUUUCUGAAAA